UACAUGGGCCAACAGAAUCUAACAUCACUGACGGAGUUCAUUCUUAUGGGAGUCACAAGGCAGCCUGAGCUACAGGUUCCCCUUUUUGGGGUCUUCCUUAUCAUCUAUACAGUCACAGUGGUGGGCAACCUGGGCAUGAUCAUCUUGACCCAGGUGGACUCCCGCCUACAUACACCUAUGUAUUUUUUUAUCAAACAUCUGGCUUUCAUUGAUCUUGGUAAUUCUACUGUCAUUUGUCCCAAGAUGCUGGUAAAUUUUGUUGUGGAUCAAAAUGCCAUUUCUUAUUAUGCAUGUGCCACACAGUUGGCUUUCUUCCUUAUGUUCAUCAUUAGUGAAUUUUUCAUCUUGUCGGCCAUGGCCUAUGACCGCUAUUUGGCCAUCUGUAACCCUCUGCUCUACAAUGUUACUAUGUCCCAGAGACUUUGUCACAUGCUAGUGGGCAUUCCAUACCUCUACAGUACCUUUCAGGCUCUAAUGUUCACUAUUAAGAUUUUUACAUUGACCUUCUGUGGUUCUAAUGUCAUCAGUCAUUUCUAUUGUGAUGAUGUUGCCUUGUUACUUAUGCUCUGCUCAAAUGCACAAGACAUAGAAUUGUUGAUCAUACUAUUUUCAGCACUUAAUUUGAUCUCUUCCUUGAUGGUAGUCCUUGUGUCUUAUAUACUAAUUCUGAUAUCCAUAUUUCAAAUGCAUUCUGCAGAGGGUAGGAAAAAAGCUUUCUCCACGUGUGGGUCUCAUUUGACAGUGGUGAUUGUGUUCUAUGGGUCUCUACUAUUUAUGUACAUGCAGCCCAAAUCUGCCCACUCCUUUGAUACUGAUAAAAUGGCUUCUGUGUUUUACACAUUAGUGAUCCCCAUGCUUAACCCCUUGAUCUACAGCUUAAGAAACAAAGAGGUAAAAAAUGCCUUCCGCAGGGUCUUUAAGAAUCAGCGCAAACUUUGUAUCUAAUAUUCAACAUGGAAUAAUGUUCUAAUAAACAAUGAUAAAGGCAAAUGUCACUUGAUAAUGUAUCUAAUUCUUUUUGACUCCAGAACAAAGACUAAUUAUCAUGUACAAAGCAAUCUCUUCUAUUUAACCAAUAUACUUAUAUAUAUUCAGUUCAUAUUUUGGAUCUUAAUUAAAUGCACUCACCCAAAACAUUCCUUGCUUUUGAUUCAAAGUUUAUUUUAGUUAUCCCAUAGAACU